UGCAGGCAUGUAGCCAAGGUUCCCUUAAGCUGCCCUCUCCAGGGUGGCUCUCAACCCCUCCCAGCACACCCUGCUUACCAUGGACCCACAGUGCCUCCUACUGGCCCAUGGUCCACAGUCUCACGGAUCUGUGGCUUCUGUCUAAAUCAAGAAUAGAAAUUUAGACACUGAUGGCUUUGGUAGUGACCGCCUCUCUAUGCAGGUGUGAGCCUGGCAAGCGCCUUCCCCAGGAGACCAAGGCCAGCCCCUGCUCCUUGGUGAGCAUGUGUGACUGAAAGGCUGUGAUCAAGAAUGCCGAUAUGCCAGAGGAGAUGCAACUGGACUCAGUGGAGUGUGCUACUCAGGCACUGGAGAAGUAUAAUACAGAGAAGGACAUCGCGGCCCACAUCAAGAAGGAGUCUGACAAGAAGUACAACCCCAUCUGGCACUGCAUCGUGGGGAGGAACUUCUGUAGUUAUGUGACAUAUGAAACCAAAAUCUUCAUCUGCUUCUACCUGUGCCAAGUGGCCAAUCUCCUGUUCAAAUCUGGUUAAAAGCAUGGACUGUGCCACACACCUAGUGAUCCAUCCAAAAACCAGGACUGCAGCCUAAAGUCCAAAUACCAGAGACUGAAGUCUUCAGCCCUGCCUAAGGGAACACCUCCAUCUUUGAAUCUUUAUUGGGUUUUGUACGGGGCAUUCUCUGUACUGGUUUGUUGUGGUUAUAAAGCAAUUAGCAAAAUGGCUUACAUUUGUAUUUAUUUUCUAUUCCAUACUUCUCUGCCCAUGUUUUUUUUUCUCUUCGAAAUCCAUUGCUUUAAAGAAAGAAGUCUUUUGGAGAAGGGUGCGUUAAUAAACCGUUUGUUCAAAUAAUCUAGAGUUGAAGAUGGCCUCUUUAGUUGAUCUUGGGUAGGCUGGUGGGGGUGAUUCCUUGAAGUUUCUGCGGGAUGUAACAGACUAGCCUAUUCAGCACUCUUGCGUUUCAUUCUUGCCCAUCCUGCUCCUGUCGUGCAUGGGAGAAUGCUACUCGGAAGUGCGUGUUGAGAGAGGCACG